GUUAAUUUUUAUCCAAUAGCGAAGGAGUUCUUUUUUUUUUUUUAAAGCUGUAGUCAUGGCGGAUCGAUUAACUCAGUUGCAAGAUGCUGUAAAUUCGCUUGCAGAUCAGUUUUGCAAUGCAAUUGGUGUAUUGCAGCAGUGUGCUCCUCCUGCAUCAUUCAGUAACAUUCAGACCACCAUAAAUAAAGACCAGCCUUCAAAUCCAACAGAAGAGUAUGCUCAGCUAUUUGCAGCGGUGAUUGCACGAACAGCUAAAGAUGUUGAUGUAUUGAUAGAUUCCCUUCCAAGUGAAGAAUCCACUGCAGCUUUACAGGUUGCCAGUCUGCGCCAGCUGGAAGAAGAGAAUCAUGAAGCAGCUGCUCGCUUGGAAGAAGUUGUUUAUCGAGGAGAUAUGCUGCUGGAGAAAAUUCAGAGUGCACUGGCAGAUAUUGCACAGUCCCAGCUGAAGACUAGAAGUGGUGCACAAAGCCAACCUGUUUCAUAGAAAAGGAAUAUAUUUUUUUCUGAAUGAACUGAUGUAUUGGACUGAAGGCAUUAAUUGUUUGCCAUAGCCUUACUAUGACAGAUAAGCUUGCCCCCCCUUAAAUGCAGGGGGAGUUCUGGGCAUUUCAGGUUUUAUGGGGGCAUACUGCACCAACCUUUCAGACACUGAAGUAUCUGAAUGCAGUUAUUGUGAACAGUGUGUCCUUACCCUGCUCUUAGUACCAAAGUUUGUGCAAUUGUUUGAGUGACUCCUGCUUUUUUUCUCCCUAUAUCUGAGUGCAGUUGAUCUGUCUUUAAGAAGAAUUUGUUGUAUUCAAACUGUAUAUGUGUGCCUAGGUGUAUUUUAAAUGUAUGAAGCACCUGCUCCUUUGCAAACGUUUGGCUUUCGGCUACUGGGGAACGUAGAGCUGCUUGUUUUGUAGCAUUUGUUUGUCAAAUCAUUUGUUUUUAUUCCUUUUUGUAUUCAUUGUACUUGUAUUUAUUUAUUCAUCUAAGGAUGUAUACCAGCUUAUUACUGAUUUCCUGUGCAUUUGCCUACAUUAACACUUGAUGUGCUAAUCAGUAUUAAAACUUUGAAUAAGAAAUGAAUUUAA